GGGAAGAGAGGGAGGAAGGUGUGUUGACAUCUCCGGAGUCCACAUCAGGGCCACAGACGGUUUUCAGCUCUUCGUCUGUCGACUUAAAUCCUCCCAGCGUCCCUCUGUGACUCCUGAAGCUCCCCGGAGCUUUCAAGGUAUGGGACAUGGCAGCGACUGAAACGCAGCUGAUGUUGAGCGUCGGGCUAAUCGAGAAAGAUGUGAACGGAGACACGCUGUGGGUGUGGUGCUACCCGUCAGUGGGCUCUGACAUGAGGCAGGUCCUGCUCAGGAAGUGCUGUCUGACACAGGAUGGCCGGGACUUCCACACCUUUGUCUUUGGCCAGUUUAGUCGUACCUGGUACUACAUCAGCACGGUGGAGGUGCAGGAACCCACUGCCCUGAACAAGGUCACUCAUUUUUCAAUAGUUGUGACAGCAAAAGACUUCAACCCUGAGAAGUACGCUGCGCUCAGCCGGAUCCUCUGCAGGAUGUACGUCAAACACGGCAGCCCGGUGAAGAUGAUGGAGGCCUACAUCACCGUCCUCACCAAGGGAAUCUGUCAGAGCGACGAGAACGGCUCCUUCCUCAUCAAGGACUACGACGUCCGGAAGGCGUACCUGGCAGGGUCCAUCAAAGACGUGGUGUCUCAGUUCGGGAUGGAGACCAUCAUCCUGUACACGGCGCUGCUGCUGAAGAAGCGGGUGGUGGUGCACCACCCUCGGAUCGAGGCCUUGCUGGAGUUCACUCGAGUGCUGCCGGCUCUGACGUGGCACAGGAAGGACUGGUCCAUCCUGCACCCGUACGUGCACCUGGCUGACGCCGAGCUGGAGGACCUGAAGAAGUGUCCCGCGUACGUCGCCGGGUUCGUGGAUCCGGAAGUGAGCAACAGAUCGGACUUGUUCGACGUGUUCGUGAACCUCCCGGAAAGCGUCAUCACGGUAUCCCAGAGCGCCAAAGAGGCCAUGGCGAUGGGGAAGCUGCACAAGGACAUCGGUCAGCUGAUCGUCCAGUCGGCCGAGGACGCCGAGCGCUCCGACAGUCAGGUCAUCAAGGACAUUUCUGUCAAGACCAGAGAGCUCAUCUCCAGCCUGGUGACGCUGGCCGAUGAGGGCCAGGACUCCAAGAUCACGCUGGAGGGCCUGAAGCAGCGCCACUUCCCCCCGGCCACCGAGAACUUCCUCUUUCAUUUGGCGGCCGCCGAGCAGCUCCUACGGAUAUGAACUCUGGUUUUCUACUGAGGCCGUGCAGCCGAGAUGAGCGUCGGUCUGUCCGCUGAAAUCCUGACGCGAGGAGCAGAAGUCUGAGCAGCAUCUCAUUUUUAAUACAAACUGUCAAUAUGCAACGUUUUCCCAGAAUCAAACACACCACAGAGAUCGAUUUUUCAUCAGAAGCACGUCAGAAAACACACUUCCUGUGGAGCGCCAGUGUAAACAUGCUUGAAUCCUCCCCUGGCAGACGGCUGAGACGGGUUUAAUAAGCGGAUAAAAUGUUUCAGACAGGAUGAGGUUCAGGUCUGAACGGUGGGAUCAGUGGUUCAGAACUCAGCUUUGGAUACACAUUUCAUUUAUGCACAAAAUGCGGCAGGUUUUUAUUCUUUUCUCAGUUUUAUCUGCGACUUUGAUUCCAAAUUGUUUAAUCUAAGCCUAUGGAUUCAUACUUAGUUGAUUCCUUAAAAGUUAAAAAGUCAGUCAGUUUGAGUUCCGGAGAUGGUUUCUUUGUUUCACCGACGCUUCCUCAGUGGAAAGCCCUGUGUUCCCUUUAAACGCCGCCAUGUUUGUAAGGAGGAUGCAUUUGCGGGAUGAGCGGCAGAGCCGACGUUGUUACACCCCAGAUGGUUUGGUUUCCCUGGAUUUCGCUCGUCUUUUAUUGGUGCUUCUCAAAUUCUGCCGCUCAUCCCUCAAAUGCACGUGCCUUACAAAUACGGACAUAAACAGACUCCUCAGUAUUAUGAGAGUUAUUGUCAAAUGAGAUUAUUACAACAAAGAAACAAUCCACCAAACACCAAUUUCUGACUUCAUGUUUCUUAGUUUACAUACUGAAAGAAGCACAUUAGCUCUUUUCCCAUUUCCAGAUGCUCAUGGACAAAACUCCAUUUUCAAACUGAUCUACGCACUUUUUUUUUUUUUUUUCUUUUUGGCAACUGCAGAGUAAGCACAGUGAGUCCAGAUCAGAUCUCUGUGGAAAACAGCAUUUGGUCUCUUCAAGCUGCUUCUCGACAGUUGUUAUCUUGCAGCGUGAUCCUGUGGAGACAAUGCUCAGCUGCUGCUGCUGCUGCUGAUUAAUUAAUUCCCCAUUAACUGUUCGGUGUAGUCCUCGCAUCACUGCUCGAGUGAAAUUGCACCGUUCUGUUUAUUUUGUAUUUUACUAAUAUCUAAUAUUGCCUCACAACAAGCAGAUGAAGCUUGUCAGCCUUCAUGUUGUCAGAGAUUUUUAUUGCAUUAACCGUUUUUUUUUUUUUAACUCCAUUACUCU